CUGAGCAAACAGGAAUGCUAACCCUGAAGGUAGCACCGCAAGGCAUAUUAUAGUCCAAUCACUUGCUACCAAAUAACUUAAGACAGCUUUACUGAGACAUGAUUGCGGCACAACAAAUUGCAUGUAUUUGAAGUGUGGAAUUUCAUGACACCUGAAACAUACAUGUAUCCAUGAAACUACCAUAAAAUCAAGAUAAUAUGUCCAUCACGCCCAAAAGUUUCUUUUGGUCCUACCAAUCCCAUUCCACUCUCUGCACCUGUCAGGUAUGUACUAAUGACCAUGAGAAUGAAUUUCAAGAUAUAAUGAAAAAUAUAAACAAAUGUUAUGAUUCAUGUAAAAAUGAUGAACUGAUUCUAAGAAAUCCUAAACCUGGAAUGUUAUGUUGUGCUAGAUACAGCAAGGACAGGUACUUUUACAGAGCUCUCAUCACUGAAAUUAAUGAUGAUGGCCAAGCCUUCAGAUGUUGUCUUAAGCAUUUAUUUGAACCAGUUAGUUGUAAAUUAUUUUGUUGGACAAGAGAAGCAUCCAGAGACUUUGGAGGUUUUAUUUCUUCAUCUAGAGGUGGAGUAAAAUGGAAUGAGCCUGCUGAAAUAUGGGACAGCAAAACUGUGGGUUAUUUUGCCUCAAUAGCCUUCAGAUCAAGAGGAAAUGUAGCUGGGGAACAACUUCUGGGGAGCCUGAUCUGCAACUCCACAUGAUUCAGUUGAUGUGAUCUGAGACUUUGUCUAGAUGUUGCAAUGAAAUGAGACCUUGGAGGUCUUAGGGGAGGAGGUAGAAUAUUCUGCAUGGGAAGGAUGUGACUUUGUGGUUAAGGGAGAGACUGUCAGAUUGCAUUUUUAAAUUGUCACAGUAUUUUCCAUUUUCAUGUUCUUAUCUGAUAUGAUGUUGGCACUGCCAUCAAAAGGUAGAAUAUGGUUACCCUUCUCUUGAUCUGGGAAGGCUUGUGACCAAUAUCGUAUAGUAGAAGUAAUGUCAUGUGACCUUCAAGGCUGGAUCGUAAAAGAUGAUGCAUAUUUCACCUCUUUUCACCUUAUUGGCCUUUCAAAGCAUUUUGUCUUUUUCCCCCAUUUAGUUGCUUU